CGUAGCUUAUUGAGAAUUUCAGCAUAAGCUCGUACGCACCUUUCAGCAGUAGGGGUGUAUAUAUAUCCAUUUGCCUUAAUCUACCUAUGACUGCAUUUAUACAUCUGCAAGGACUUGUGGACAAAGGGGAAUUAAGUACCAAAUUGAAAAUUUAAAGAGUCUUGGACUAGAACAUAGAAUCAUCUAGAUCUAUUUUUCAUAUUGUUUAUGAUUCAGCUUCACUCCUCGCUAUUUUCUCAGACAUUUGGACUUCAUUUUAAGCAGAUACAGAACUACAUAACUUCUUCAGAUUUCCACCAAACAAAGAUGACCGUCAUAAUCGCAGGAGCUGCUGGUUCGAUCGCAACUACUGGACUUUUGAGUGGGAGUUUAGUUGGUGCCACUGUAGGCUUGGGCAUUGGCCUUGGCUUUCAGAUCACGGGCACAGCAGGCACUGCUGCCGGAAUAGCGGGCGCAGUCGCUGCUAGCGCGUCUGGUGGUUCAAUACUAGGGAUUGCUAUGGGGAAAGAAUUAAACAGUGUAUUGGUUAGCGGUGCCAUGGCAAUGGCUUCAAGUUACGUGGCUUCAGCUCAACAUAUUAUUCACUCUGGCCCAGUCGGAUGGCUUGUUCUUGGCGCUGAUGUCAACAGCUCUCCUACAGCGACCUGUACCUUUGAUUGCUGGAAACCUGUGGUCCACGAUCACUCUGUCGAGCCAUCAGCUGGAAAGCUGCUAAGAGAUGUCGUCAUGGAUCCUCGCAUCAAGCAAGUGACAAUGGUGCCAACUUUAAAGUCUUCUUGUCCACAAAUUUUUAUUACAAAUGUUUGGAACGAAAAAUUCCGAGUUGACUAUGUAUCUCUGUCAGACAAACUGACAGCUGCUCAUGCAGUGCCCAUCUAGAAGACCUUUUAAAUAUGAACAUAUUUCCCAUGUACAGCACUAGAGUCCUCAUUUUCAUGUCAAUAUUAUGUACAUUUGUCAUGUAUUAUACAUCACAGAAAUACAUGUAUUAUUAUUACUUGUCAUGCUUGCUAUGACUGUCAAUAAAUUGCUUUGAAGUUUUCAACUAAAUUGCUUACAAAGAAAACCUCUAUUUACGUUUACAGAUGACUAAGUACAAGCCAUUCUUGUCAGAUGUAAAAUGCAGUCCAGGUAAAUUAAAAAAUUAAGUUGA